ACGAGAACGGGCUACUCUUAUUUUGCCCCAAGACACUGCCACGAGGCGAAGACCGCGACGGUGUCGUCAGGAUGGCAAUACCCGACAGCUUACAGCGAGACUUCCUUCACCAUUAUCAUGCCAGUCUUGAGGGAGGCCAUCAAGGCGUCGGAAGGACGUACCGGAGGAUCCAAGCGAACUUUCACUGGCGUGGGCUGUAUCGCAUUCACCGGUUACGUAAUAGCCAAGGCUGGUCCGUCGAGAGAGGCGAAGACAGUGGCUGAGAAUUUCGAGGAAUGCGUCUUCCGUCGUUUCGGCGCAAGCGAAGUCAUCAGACAUGACCGGGAGCCUGGUUUUAUGUCAGACUUCUUCCGUGCCUUCAACAGGAUCGUGAAAAUGAGACAGAGCACAACAAUGGCUUACCGCCCACAAGGGAACGGCAAGGCUGAGCGAACAGUGCAAACUCUGACACGAGCCCUGAAGAUGUACGUCGCAGACGUCAACCAACAACUGGGACGACUAUGCAGAGCGGCUGACAUUUGCGUUGAAUACGGCACAUGA